CUAACCAACUUGGGGGGUCUCUGCCCUUCCCCACUUCAAAGAUUCCAAGGACAACCCAACCAACCACCUUCCCCAACUCCUCCUUUUCCCCUUUCCCACACCCCACUCCCUCUAUAUUAAUCUUGUGUUCUUCACACCAAUCCACAACAUUUUCCUCUCACUUCUCGAAUUGCAAGUUGGAACCUAGCUUAUACACUGUAUUAAAUAUUAGUUCUCGAUGCCAUCAGUGCACUCUGGUCCAUGCUACCAAAUGGAAAAUCCGGCGCUGCUUUCCCUGCUCCGGCCGACUUCUAAUGAGAAGCGCUCCAAAUCCUCCGGCGGAUUCUUUCGAAUGUUCAAGCUCUUCCCUCUCCUGACCUCAGGAUGCAAGAUGGUGGCGCUUCUGGGUCGACCCAGAAGACCCCAGAUAGGGGACAGUGCCACCACAGGGACAAUUUUUGGGUACCGUAAGGGGCGAGUGAGCCUAGCAAUCCAAGAUGAUCCUCAUUGCGUGCCCAUGUUCAUCAUAGAGCUCCCAAUGCUUACCAGCCUACUGCAUAAAGAGAUGGCCUCGGAUAUAAUCAGAAUUGCACUCGAGAGCGAGACAAAGACUCACAAGAAGAAGCUAAUGGAGGAGUUCGUUUGGGCUGUGUACUGCAAUGGCAGAAAGAUUGGAUACUCGAUUAGGAGGAAGCAAAUGUCAGACGAGGAGCUUCAUGUCAUGCAGCUUCUGAGAGGAGUUUCAAUGGGGGCAGGCGUGCUUCCUUGCCAGUCCGACAAGGACACCGCAGACGGGGAAUUGACAUACAUGAGGGCCAGAUUCGAGCGAGUGGUUGGGUCCAAAGAUUCCGAGGCUUUGCACAUGAUCAACCCAGAUGGUGCUGGAGGUCCUGAGUUGAGCAUUUUCUUUGUAAGAGUUCAUUAGAGUUAUCAAUCACUUAUGUGCCACUCCUAGGUAUAUUUUACAUUUGUAAACUAAACCUCUACCAUAAUUAAUCACCCUUUCACUCUCUCAA